CCUCUAUUAGUGUAUGUACCGGAAAUUUAAUUAACCAGUCAAUUUUAGAUGUAAUUUUAAAUCUUACGUAUUUUAUUUAACAAAGCAAGAGUGAAAUUUUCUGUACCAGAAAACGACGUUAUGCUAGAACUUAUGCCUAGUGCAGGUAAUGAAGAGGAGAGGGAUGCGCUACAGUGUUAUCAACAAAGAACAAAGUUGGAAAAGAAAUUACUCGUCGCCUCUAUUUUUGUGGGUGCUAUACUUAUUGGUUUUAUCGUCGACUUCUGUCUUACAACAAACGGAGACCGUUUCGUUUGCAAAAAUCGCGAAUGUAUCAUAGCUGCAUCCCAAAUUAUCAAGCAAGUGAAUAGGGAAAUCGAACCGUGUGAUAACUUUUUCAAAUUUGCCUGUGGUAAACUUAAAGAAAGAUUGCAUCACAAAAAUGUACCCGAGGAUAUGUUAUUCCAAAAGAUCCAAAAGCAGAUGCAACACGUACUGGAGGAGCCCAUUCACGAAGACGACCACCAGGCGAUUAAAGACGAAAAAAGGCUCUAUCAAGCGUGCGUGAACGAGCAAAGAAAUGGCGUCUCUUUAGAAAUAGUCAAAUCGUUAAUGAACGAUUUAAACGGGUGGCCUGUACUGAUGGGAACGGCUUGGAAUGAGGAGUAUUUUCACUGGCCCGAAACUCUGAUCAAAUUGAAAGGUAUGGGUUUGAAACACCACAUACUGUUCGGUACUUACUUAACUGAAGAACGCAACACAACUUCUAAAACCAUUCAAAUUAAAAACGCAGUAACUUUUGAUCCUCGGGAGAAUAACAUGUACAUGUACAAACAUUUCUUGAAAGAAAGCGCCAUGGUUUAUGGCGCGAAUGAAACCGAAGCGAGUAAAGAAGUGGAGGACGUGUUUGAAUUUAUUGGACAAUUGCGUCAGAUUACACGUAUUAGGCACAACUCUAGCGAAAUUGUACAAUUUCCAUUGUCCGAGUUUCAAGGUCGUUACCCUCAAAUCAAUUGGGUGACCUAUUUCGAAUCAAUACUAUCGCCAAAGAAUAUAACGAUUGAUGAUCAAGUGAGCGUCCCAUAUCAUGAUUACAUGGACCGCCUAUUGGAACUGAUCCACACUUCUAAAAGAGCAGUUGCCAACUACAUAUUAUGGAAGGCGAUGGGAGAAAUAAUGCGGCUGACAUCUCCAACAUUUGUUGAUAUAAUGAAUCAAAUAGCGUGUGUUAAAGGCUACUUACCCUACGAAGAGACAGAAGAAUGCCAAAGGGCUAUGUUUGAGAUUUUUAGUCCAAGGCCUUCGAUCGUUAAUUACGCCAACAAAUACUUCACUGACACAAUGCGUACAGGAAUAAAGACAAUAUUCGGUUAUGUUUUCAUUGAAUUUAAAAACAUGCUAAAACAGUCUUCGUGGAUAGAUGAAAAUAGUUAUAGGAACGUAAGCGAGUGGGUCGACGCUUUGAAAUUAAUCAUAGGAACACCAGAGGAUGACUUAGACAAAGUAUUUGGAAAGUAUAAGCCACUUGAGAAUAUACACCAACCGUUUUUAAAAAUCUACUUAGAAGAUCGAAAGAAAAAGGAGUUGGGACGAAACGACGAUCGAACUGACACAUCUAUGCUCCACCUUGUCGACAGUGGACAUAUUAUAUACAAACGAAGCGAACAUACCUUCAUGAUACCAACUGGAUUUCUACAAGGCAUGUAUUACAACCCAAUGUGGCCGAUGUAUCUAAACUUCGGGGGUAUUGGGAAAGCAAUAGCAGUUGCUCUAACGACCUACAUGAAGGUGCGACAAAACAGCAGUGAAUCAUGGGCAACACAUCUGCAUACAGGAUUUAAAAAUGUGACCGGUUGUCUUCAGGCAACGAAAUCAUCCGACGAUGCUAGCCAGUUGUACGGUGAGUUCUCACAACAGAAUAGAAUUGGACAAAUCACUGGCCACGCACUAGCUUAUCAAGCGUAUAAGAAAUGGCUCAAGGACGAUCAGGAAAACUCGCUAAUCGGCCUGGAUUACACUCCGGAACAACUUUUUUGGAUUUGGACAUAUUCGCAAUCGUGCUACGACAUAACGUACGAGACUCCAAGGAAUUGGUACGCUGAGAACGAGGUUGUUCGUCAGAAUGCUCACUUUGCCACCGACUUUAACUGUGAUCACAAUUCAGAAAUGAAUCCUGAAAGAAAAUGUAAUAGUUUCUAGUUCAAAGUUGUAUUUAUUCAGUUUUUUUACUUGGAGAGACAAAAAAUUAAAAAUACAAGAUAUAGGUAUUCAAAACUACUUUUUCUUUAUAUACUCGUUUAGUUUAACUUUAGUUAUUGAGCAUUCCUUACACCAGCCAUUAUCUAGU